GAGAGAGAGAGAGAGAGAGAGAGAGAGAGAGAGGGAAGAAACACACACUGCUAGACACAGACAAACAGACAGGUGCUGGACUCGUCUAACAUGUCAGGGGAACUGUGUGGGAACAUCCUGGUGACUGGGACCAGCAGAGGGAUCGGACUGGAGCUGGUCAGACAGCUGGCUCAGCAGGUGGAGAAGGAGGCUCACCUGUACGCCUGCUGCAGGGAUCCAGAGGGGAGCAGAUCUCAGGCUCUGAGAGACCUCGCCGCUCAGUAUCCUGAUAAAAUCUCAAUAAUCAGACUCGAUACAUCAGAUGAGGACAGUAUCUCUGCAGCCGUUAAGGCUGUGAGCGAGCAGAUCGGGGAUGGUGGGUUGAACCUUCUCAUCAACAACGCUGCUAUCAACCAACCAGAUUCACCAGCUCCGCUGUCUGCCACGGAGAAAAAACACAUGAUGGAUGUUUUUGAAACUAACGUGGUCGGACCAUUUCUCCUGGCAAAGAUGUUUCUUCCACUCCUCCAGAGGGCAGCAGAGAGGGACCCACCUGGAAAUGACAAAGGUGAUAAAAUGUCCUGUAGGAGGUCAGCCAUCAUCAACAUCUCCACGAUGAUCUCCUCCAUAGAGAAGUGUCCAGAAAACUUCUCCAUGGCUCAGAUGUACCCCUACAGGACCAGCAAGGCUGCACUGAACAUGCUGACUCGCUGUCAAGCUGAGGACUUCAAAGCAGACAACAUCCUGGUGACCGCGAUCCACCCUGGCUGGGUCCGCACUGAUAUGGGAGGAGAGAUGGCUCCGAUGACCUCUCAGGACAGCGUGCUCGGGAUGCUUCGUUUGUUGUCCUCACUCAGUAACAAGGACUGUGGGAAGUUUUUGGACUGGCAGGGCGAGUCCAUCCCCUGGUAGCAGAAAACACAACCCCUACAGCAGGCCGGUCAUUCUGAGGAGUUCUCCAUAAACACAGAACACAGGAGUGAUGUCACCACAGCUGACCCAUUGGAGUCAAAUACAAGUUUCUUAUAGAUGUAAACAUUCUGUAACCUCACAUUAUUUUUCACCAUAUGUUAUUGACCAUGUUCUAAAUCUUUACAAAGGAGCCGUGUGCAAGACGCAGUGCCAUCUGGUGGGGGAGCUGCAGAAUGCAACUAACUGAGAAACCUUCACUUCCAAAUGUGACAAUCUUUAGUGGUCCCAAAACUUGUGAAAACAUUGAACCUGUUUGGUUCAUCUGCAAACAGUAAAAACACUGCAGUGUGAUAGUAACAUAUAAAAUAACAUUAUAUUUCAUAAUUGAAAAACACAAAUUGCAUAUCAAACUCACUCUGUCUAUGUGAUUUAUUUAUUUCACUGUAAUCAUCCUCCUGUCCUUACUGAACAUGCAAACAGUCCUUUGUAGACCCGUGGGGGUGAAAAGUUGAAGGAAAUGACAAACAGUGCUCAUUGUGUCCAAAUACAUGUUCUGAUUUUAGCUCAAGCUUUAGCAGUCUGAGGCUUGCUAAAGUCCUGGUCAUUUAAUGUAAAUUUCUAUCUGUGCCUCUGCAGAAAUUAUCUUUACUGAGCUGUUUCUGAAGGGCUUAUCAUACAGACAGUUUAAUCAGAUGAAACCUGCUGAAAAAUCUGCGUUACCUCAGGAUAAACUGAGGUAACUGAAAUGAUUCUGUUUGACUCCUUACAUUAUAAUUUACCUUUAAAUUUCCUUGUCCUACACUGAUCAUUUGUUGGUUGUAGAAACCAACACAGAUGCCUUUAUUCUGUCUGAGCACCAGAAGAGCAAAGAAGACAGUGUCUGCUUUUUAUGUUGGAUAAUGGACGGUGCAAAUGUGUUUGUGUCUAUUAACUACUUUACCUCACACUGUUUCAACAAUGAGGGCCGACCACAUGAAGAUACACAUCACAGGAGGAGUGUCACUCAAAUGUUAACGUACCUCUCAGAGACAUGCUGCUGCAACCGCUGCUGCAACACUUAACAUGAGCAACAUAUGAGCAACCGUAAACACAAACAAGUCUACUGUCUUAUUUUAGCAAAAUUUAAAUCAACACAGCUUGGUUUAAUAAAUAAAAGAAGUCUGGUCAAUCAUUUUCUUGAGUCCAUGAAGAGACAAGAUUAGAAAUGUAACCGUUCGAAACAUUUUUAAAUAGUAUAAUAUUACAUAUAUGAUAUUAGUUUUUAUGGUUUACUUUAAAGUAUGUUUAGAGUAGACAUAUGUAGGCUAUACAUUGGAUAGGGAUGAUAAAUAAAUGAUUUGUUUUGCGCAUACAAACACAAAUCAUGUCCCCCCUGAACAAGUCUGUGCCUCAGUCAGAAAAGUCUGGCUCCACCCGCCUUCAUCCAGCUGAGAUCCAAAUAAACAUUUCAUGAAGGAUCAUCUUCUUUUCUUUGACAAAUCAUGACUUUUGACUGAUGAACAACAGCAUUUCCAUUAUUUCUAUUAUAAAAAAGAACCAUUAAAUGUUUAAAUGGUAAACUUGUGUGAAGGAGCGUUGAGUGUUUCUGUUUAGCCUGUUCAUUAUCUUCCUGUGAUGUGAUGAAAUCAUCUGUAAUUAAAUGACCUCUAUAGAUUUCCUGCCUAAAAAUCAGCUUAGUCUUAUUGAAAUCUAAUUGUCAGACUUGAUAUUUUACCCUCUACAUGUUACUUAAUCAACAAGCUGCUUCAUCGUCUUGUACUCUUCUUCUCUGAGACAAACUGUCAAUAACAUGUCAAUAAAAAAUGGUUGUUCUCAUCUGA